AUGGACCCGACACCACCACAUGUUGAACCCUCCACCGACUCCGGCAAGGCCAAGAAGAAAAGUGGCGGAGUUAUGAAGAUCUUCAAGGUUGCACUCCUCAUGCUCCGCCGUCGGUCCAACAAAUCGAAGGCAACCGUCGACACGGGCUCGGAUAAGAGCGUGUGGCGGCAGUUGGUAGGCUCAAUGCGCCCUCUCCACGUCCAAGGAAAUGAAUCCCCUCCCACUAUAUCAUUGCCUCCAUUGAAACCAAAGAAGAAUUUAGAGGAGUUGCCAACGACAUGUUCAUUAUCGCCAUCAUCACCAUCAUCAUUGUUAUCGUUUACUCGUACUUCGAGGUCUUCUUCUUUUGGCACAAGUAAGUACGCUUCUGCUAUCAAUCUUCAAGAACUCGAGGGUAGAAACGAUGACGACAAUGACAAAAAUGUCAUUGAAGACGACAAUGGAGGCGAUGAGAUGAUCGAUGCAAAGGCGGAGGAGUUCAUCACGCAAUUUUACGAGCAAAUGAGGCGUCAACAUCACAACGAUUGA